AUGGCGAAAUUCCAAGUAGGCUGGUAUCGGUUUGUGCCUUUUCUAGGAUACCACCAUGUCUUGAUGAUCUUGAUAGCAGUUUCUAUCAUCCUUCUAUCCCUACUACUUGCAGGUUGCUCAUCGUCUUCACCUUUAAUACCUGACAUCUUCCUCCUGUCCCUGUACUAUGACAGAUACACGGCGGUCCCCGACACGGCGCAAGUAGACUACAACGUCCACACUGCCAUCGAAAACAUUGCAGGCGACGCCCGCCUUGCCGCACGCGUUGGCUACUUCGGAAUUUGCAUCAGCCCUGACGGCGGCAGCUGGCUCUGCAGUAACAACGCCACUGCUCUCGCCAAUGAAGUCUCCGUCGACCAGGACCCUCUAAACCUCAUCUGGCUUGCCGCUCAGUUCAAGGACAUGAUUGUGUUCCCCUACCUCAUCAUCAUCGCCAUCAUCUUUGCCUUCGUCUGCUUCCUUCUUCUCGCCACCUUUCCGGGCUGGCAUGAGGAGGAGGACUCGGAGGGCUCCGACCGCGAAGUCAAGCCAUUCCCCUCGCGACCCGUUUCCCAGAUCUCGUUGGCUAUCAUCUUCAUCGCCUCCAUCUUCGUCCUCGUUUCCGUAUUGUGGCAGCACACCGCCUCCGUUGCAGCCUCCAUUAUCGCGCAAGACUUUGGAAAUGGUGCAGUCAAGUCUGGUGUCGGUUCCUCAGCCAUGGUUCUCGGUUGGUUCAGCUUCACUCUGCUCAUCAUUGUCACCAUCGGUCUGUUGGUCAUGAUCCUGAGUAUCCGUGUCCUGAGCCAGAUGGUUGCGUAA